AUGCGUAUAAAACCAAAAGCAUAUAUCCGGAACGCAGACGGAAUUUAUCACAACGUUGAAGACGUAUCUAAAGAAAUGACAAACAUGUUUCCCCAGCAGUACUGUUUGAGGUGGAAGUACCACCAUAGCAAUCUCCAGACAAUGUUCUCACAGCUGUUGGAGAGGCAGGCUUACUGUGACGUCACUCUUGCCUGCGAGGGACAAACUCUUCGUGCGCAUAAGGUGGUGUUAAGUGCUUGCAGUACAUAUUUUGACACAAUAUUAUCACAAUAUGAAGAAAAAGAUCCAAUAGUAAUAAUGCGAGAUGUUAAAUUUUCCGACAUUAAAGUUCUUGUUGAAUUUAUGUACAAAGGAGAAAUUAAUAUUGAUCACACGAGACUGUCAUCACUGCUGAAGACUGCCGAAGACCUGCACAUAAAAGGGCUAGCGGAAGUCAGUUGGCGAAGUGAUGCUGCCCAGAAUGACUCGAACAACAGCGGACACAGUCCCGGCAGUGGAAGCGGAGCCAGCGGAAUCGGGGGCAGCGGCGGCGGGGGCGGAGGAGGAAGCACUGGGACCCCUGGGGUCGAGACUGUUCUCAGAGAAGGCGACCUUGACGACACACCUCCACCCCACAAGCAGAGACGCAGGGGCCGGCCGCCCUUAGACGAUCCUCCGUCUCAGCACGAUGUCUUUACCCCCAAAGUUUCCUGUAUUACCGGCAGCGGAAAUGAAGAAAUGAUGAGUGAAGGUGACCAUGAAAGUUGGGAUGAUGAAACUAUGAUGACUGACAAUGAGCCCGUACAAAAUAUAUCGUAUCUUUCAAAAGAAGAGAACGCUAAUGAAGACAAAAAACCAAAUAUAGCGACAAAUUCAAAUGCAACAAAUCCAGCGGUUCCAGAACAAUUCCGAGACGUAAUAAAAAUGAAUGACUAUUUAACAACCGGUAGGCGGCAGGAGUUCUGGGAGGAACCCUUUACACGUCGAGUGAUGGACGCGAUUAAGAGUAAGGAAUUAGAGAUGAAGACUGCUGCUGAGAUUCUCGGCGUAUCUUACGGAACUUUAUACGGAAGAUAUCGUGACAGCUAUGGUUGUCUCAAGCAUCCAUACAGGUACUUUUUUUGUAAAGCAGAAAAUUUACUACCAAAAAAUGUCUAA